AUGAGGUUGCAGGAGACCCCCGCGGUGUGUGGAGUGGGGCCGGUGAGUAUAAAAGACAUGGAACCCUCCACAGCCUACAGCUCCGCACAAAGCUUUAACUACACCAUGGCAAAGAGAGAACUUUUGGUGAUCCUCUGUGGAAUGGUUGCUGCAGGACUUGGAAGGCCGCAGGUCCAGUCUUCACAAGGACCUAAUACAACUCCAAUCCCCAUUCUAAAAUACGAAAACGAGGGAGUCAAUUACGACGGAUCCUAUAAAUGGAGCUAUGAAACUGGCAAUGAGAUUGUAGCCGAAGAGACUGGAUUCGUGAAGAACUUUGGAGUCCCCGAACAGGAAAUUCAAACUGCUCAGGGUUCUUACUCCUACACUGCCCCCGACGGGACACGAAUAACGGUAACCUACACCGCCGACGAGAACGGCUUCAUUCCUCAGGGAGACCAUCUGCCAACUCCUCCACCCAUACCAGCAGCAAUCCAGAAGGCACUAGACUUCAUCAGGUCUCAACCGGAGAACCAAGAAGCGACUGGUCCGGGUACGGUUAAGUACUGAACGUCGCAGAAAUCUAUGGUGGUGAUCGAACUCUUAACAAAAAGUUACCAGUGAAAUGUUGUGUUCCCAGAACUGAAGAAUCGUGAUCUGAAAUAUUUGAAAUAUCUGUCGGAUUAAGUCAAAUGUGAUGACUGAAAUUUCUUACUAAGCAAAAGUCAUUAAUCGAAUAUAAGAUCCAAAAAUGAUAAUGUUGCUCUCAACAAUGUAUUACUUAACAAAGUUUUCUGAAUCCAAAGCUUCCUCUCAACCUCUACAUUAAGUUCUUUUUUUAUUGAAUUUGUAUCAUUAAAAGAUUAUAUUUUGUAAUAAAUAUUUUUAUAU